AUGAGAGAAUCACCCAAUACCUGCGGCAGUGAUCUUUUUACUUUAUUUAAAAAUAUAAUGGAAGGUGAAGGUUAUAAUUGGUUAACUAAUCUUGUAGGGCAAUCUUAUGAUGGCGCAUCAAAUAUGCGAGGUGCUUAUAAAGGCCUUCAGGCAUUAAUUAAAGAAAAAAAUAAACAUGCUAUGUUUGUGUGGUGCCAUGCACACAGACUUAAUCUUAUUGUAAAGCAAAUAGUAUCAUCUAAUUCAAAUUCUGUUGAUCUAUUUAGUAACCUGGAAACCUUGUAUUCGUUUGUUUGGUGCGCAAAAAAACGAGUGGCUACAUUUCGUCAACUUCAGAUUGCAGAUUCUUCUAAAAAUCAUCAACCGUUGGCUUUAAAGCGAGUAUGCACUACACGGUGGUCAUCACAUUCAGCAGCGUUAGAAACAGUGCUAAAUGCGCACAAUGAUAUUAUAAAUACUUUGACAACAAUUCAAGUACAAGAAGGACCAGGUGACCCUAAAGUUAGUGCUACUUGUAGUGGUUUAUUACAAUAUUUUUCAUCAUUUCGGUUUUUGAGUACUGCAUUUAUAUUUAAGAAAAUUUUUAGCAUUUUAGAACCUAUUAACAAAAAGUUACAAACACGAGACAUGGAUUUGUUAGCAGCUACAUCUUUAAUGCAAAAUGCAAAAUCAAAAUUACGUGAACUGAAUUGUAGGGAGAAUGAUUCUUUUUCUGAAGUCAUAAAAAAUGCUGAAGAAUUUUCAAUAAAAAGUAGUAUAGACUUUUCCUCUUUGUCUGUCCCUCGACAUAAACGUGUUCCAAAAAAAUCUGGAGAAUUAAUUAAUGAUAAUCCAAUAAACAAUCCAAUUAAAAAAAUCAAAAUAGAAUGUUAUUAUGGGGCUUUAGAUUUAAUACAAACGGAACUGGAUGAUCGUUUUGGUGACGGAUCUUCAGGAAUAUUAAAAGACCUUUCACUUCUCUCAAGAAAAAGAAUUCUUGAAGUUAGGCUCUUGCCUAAUUCUUUACCAAAAGAUGCAUUCAAAAAAGUUGUUGAAUUAUAUGGAGAAUUUUUAGAUCGUGAUGCACUUAUUAGGAAUUAUAUUGAUUUUUGUGAAAACUAUUUAGAACUUGAAAAAACAGUGACACUGCCAGAAUAUAUUCAUACUGAAACUCCUAAUCAGGGUUCUGAUGAAACUGAAGAUUCUUUUGAUGAUUUUGAACAAAAUGAAAGUAACGAUGAAAAUGAAGCAUCUAUCAGUGAUAGAACAAAUAUAGAAAACUCAGGAAGUAUGAACAAGUUAUUUCAGUUAUUUUGUAUACUUGAGUUAAGAAGUGUAUUUCCAAGUCUAUAUACAUUGCUACAAAUUGCUGUUACAUUACCGGUAUCUAGCUGCAGUGUCGAGCGAUCAUUCUCUAAGUUAAAACUUGUUAAAACCAAAUUAAGAAGUACAAUGACGGAAGACAGAUUAGAAAAUUUAAUGAAAAUUACUUGUGAGCAAGACUGUGAACCAAACACUGAAAGAAUUACACAACACUUUUCGACAAAAAUAAAAAAAAAAGAAACUAAACAGCAAAAUCGAAAAUUUUGGGUUCAUCCCUUAUUAAUUACUCGUCUAUCAGAAGGCGCAUUUACAAUAAAUUUUCACGGUCUCAGGAGAGAUCCAAGAAAAUUUUUUAAUUAUUUCCGUAUGUCAGUUUCUGUAUAUUAUGAACUACUUACAACAUUUGUUGGACAAAAACUGACAAAAAUUGACACAAAUAUGCGAAAAUCUAUCACUCCCGCUGAAAAAUUAGCAGCACUUUGA